CCAGCGGGAGCCGACCUCAGCGGUAGCGCUCUGGUGCGGUCUUCGUCACAGUUUGGCAGCCCACAAGAUGAUUUCCUCGGAACCCAGAUGUUCAGGUCCUUUGAGCAAAAGCAACAGGAUGGAACGCCAGAAGAAGUGCAGGUGGCUUCCUCCAGCAAUGGAAAUGCUGGCAAUGAUGUUAUGACGCCGUUUGUUGAUUGGCAACUGCGGGAAUAUGAUACCCUGGGCGGAGGUCCCGUCAGUACAACAGGUGCCAGCAGCUUGUCGACUCCACCAUAUGUGGAAUCGCAACUGCUGUUAAGCGCGGAGUUCCGGGAUUACGAGCGAGAACAAGAAGAGAUGAAAUCUGUGGAUCUAUUAAGGCUUGUUUCGCGGUAUGAGUAUGUAUAUCACGACCUUAUAAGCUUGAGGACGAUAAGGGGACACAUUUAUACUUGAGUACAUCCACGACCUUGUGGUCCUUGAUUUUGAUAUAAUCAUGGUACGGAUUUUUUUUUUUAUGUUCUUGAUGAUGCGAAAACAUAGAGUAAGUAGUCAUCCAUCAUCAAGAUGAGCAAGGAUAUUCAAAUAUAAACCAAAAUGGACCGUUAACGAGGGAUGUUCUAAUCGUAGCUGGGGAACAGAGCGUAGCUGAAGGCGAAGGAGUAGACGAGGCUGGUGCCGCGGGAGCAGGAGCCUCUGCGUCGGCGACGUUUUCCCUUGAGGAUGUUCUAGAUGAAAGCGGAUACUUACGAAGCGUCGUGACGUUUCGUACAUACGCUUUGGGUUUGGGACGCGGUGCGAAAAAUGCGGCGGACGUGAAAGGAGGAGGACCAACAAUCUGGGACCACCAGCCGCCGGUGAUGCGGGCUUCUUCGCUCAUGGCCCGCUUCUUCCGGUACCGCGACUCGCUUGAUGCUGGGAGCACUAGCGGAGACCUUUUUGACGGCCAGCUUGAC